UUGACAGCAAAGUUAGAAAGUUGACUGAAUAGCUUAUAAGUUGUUUAUAUAUUUUUUUAUUCUAAUUGAUUUUAAAUUUAUUUCCUAAAUCAAUGAAAUAUAUUUUACUAAUUAUAUUUAUGAAAAUUUUCGUGCGUGUUUUUAAAAUGUUACUUAUGUAUUAUCAUUCUGUUUUAAUAAUAAAAUAGUAGAAGUGUAAUCAAACAAACAGUAACUUUUAAAACUUGAUAUAAAAUGGAAUCUAUAGAAAACAUCGUUAAAGUUUUUGUCGGGUGUUGUGCUAGUGCUUUUCUUAUGGAAAUUUUAAUGGAAAGGAUACCUGACAGUGCUAAUUUAAUAACAUUCCUACAAUUCUUUUUUAUUUCCCUCCAGGGUUUUGUAGUUACUGCAAAAUUUGGCUCGAUAAAACCAAAAAUACCAUUGAAGCAGUAUGCAUUUCUAAUUACAUUGUUUUUCAUCACAAGUGUAGCUAAUAAUUAUGUAUAUGCUUUGCAUGUGCCUUCUACCCUCCAUAUGAUUAUAAGAUCUGCUUCAUCACCAGCCAGCAUGUUAGUCUACUGUUAUGUAAAAAAACAAUAUCCAAGGAUGACAAAUGCCAUUGGAUCAGUUCUAAUAAGUAUUGGUGUCGCCCUUGCGAUGUAUGGAGGAGCACCAACUGUGGAGAAUAAAGGAAAGUUUAUAUAUUGGUGCAUUGGUGUUGCCAUACUAUUGUCUACAUUAAUUACGGGAGCAUUUACUGGAUUGCAACAAGAGUUGUUGUAUGCAAAGUAUGGGAAACAUCCUGAUGAGAUGCUGUUCUAUACGCACGCAAUUCCGCUACCGUUCUUCCUAGGGAUAUAUCCUCAACUACAAGACACUGCAGUGAGUCUGACGUACGAUACCUGGAUACUGAUAGUCUUGAACAUCAUCUCUCAGUUUUACUGUACACAUUCCGUCCACACUUUAGCCACUAAAGAAACAGCGGUGACUGUUACUUUUAUAUUGACAUUAAGGAAAUUUAUAUCAUUAUUAAUAUCCAGUAUAGUUUUUAAGAAUAACAUAACUUAUUUACAUGUGAUAGGAUCUAUAUUUGUGGUUGUCGGCACUUGUGUUUAUUUCGAUUUCUUCAGAAGAAAAAGGCAAAGACCUGUGAGCUUGAAGGACAAAUGAUUUUUUGUUUGUUUUUUAAUUAUUUUUAUGUAAUAUUUUUCUUUUUAUUCAAUGGUGUCAGAUUCUGAGGUACCAUUUCGUAAACUAGUCGCUAAAAUUUUUAUUUGAUAGUUCAGUAAGUACCAUUAAUAAUUCUAACUCAAGCAGUUCUGACGCAAUUCCAAGAAAAAAUAAGUUUAAAAAUAGCUAUCUAAAGGCAGUAUAAUCGUGUCAUUGUAAUAUUUUGGAUUUUUAACUUUAGAGAUAUUGAAUGGUGCUAAAUAUCAAUUGAGUUUACAAUCUGUUUGAUAAUAACAGAUUAAGACUUGCAACAAGGUUUAUUUUACUCUAAAUCAGACUCGCCAGUCUUUACUUAUGCUUCCCCAUGAGAUAAGAUCUGAGUUAUAUUAUUCAGCAGUUUCGCUGCAGUAUCUUACCCUUUAAAUCCAAACACAGCGUACAAGUAACUCACAUGCUGACUGUAUUAAUAGGCGAAGCAGGUAACCGUGCCUACGCGAUUGUAGUUUCUAUUUAAUAAAUUUAAAUAUUUUUAUUUACUCUUUAUUGCACAAUUUGAUUAAUAAUAAUAGAAAGUGGUACAAUAGGCCGUUUUUUCGCUGCGAUCUCUUCCACAUAACCUAUGGGUAGAAGGGAAAAGAAAAAAAGACCGUAAUAUGUUAUUCUAAUAAGUGAUACUGUUCGAAUAAAAAUUACUCCACUAAUGGAUAUGAUACAUUUUAAAUAUAUUUUUAUAGUAAUAUUUACAAACAUUUUAAUGUUCAAUAAUCAUUUUGUCUGAGAUCUUACUCUUUUGAUGUUCACUUGUUUUAGAGGAGAAAGAAUCUGUUUUGAUAAUUACUCAGUAUUAUUGUUAUAUGUUUUGGACAAGAUAUUGUAUUUUGAUAAACACUCAAUAUUAUCAUUAUGUAUUUUGAACAAGAUCUUAUUUUGAUAGAUACAUGCGAAUAUUUUCAUUGUAUUUCGUAUAUUUAUUAAUAAACUUAUAAAAAUCGA